CUCGGCUAAAACCCCGACAAUGGCAUCUCCUUCUGUAGAAACCAACCCAAACCCCUAUCAGAACUCUUCUACCCAAGACGACAAUGUCGCUCAAGACCCUUUUCACGAGCUCACCUCCUUGCAUUGCUCUUCCCUUCAACCCAGCCCUUAGAAACCGUAGCUUUUCUCCUCCAAUCGCUUCUCGCCACAUCAUCGUCGAUCGUCCCUUUCCGCAUAAUUCGCUCCGCCUCCACAUAUCUCGAAACUCUAAUUUCAAAAGCCAUCAGUCAUUCUCCCCCCUCACUCUCGGAGCAUACAAGAAUGAUUCAACAUCUACCCCCGCGGAGAAUAAGAAUUCUUACGAGUCCAAUUUAGACUCUUUCCUUUUAGCUUCUGAAUUGAUAAUCAUUUUUUCAUCGGCUGUUAUCUCGAUUACUUUUGCGGCGAAUUAUGCCGUUUCCCGGUGGAAAAGUGCCUUCCUGGGGGACUUGUGGAGGAGGGUUAUGGUUGUUGGUGUUGUAGGAUUGGUCGGUCAGGUUAUCAUUGGGGCGUGGAUUAGGAGGCGACAAUGGAGGAGGAUUUAUGUAGAAUCCUUAAGGGGUAAUGAGGAGAGCUUGAAUUUGGUUGAGAGGAUCGAGAAGUUGGAGGAGGAUUUGAAGAGUUCGGGGAAGAUUAUCCUGGCCUUAUCCAAACAGCUCGAGGAGUUGGGAAUUAGAUUUCGGGAAACCCGCAAGACUUUGACAGGACCCAUUUCUGAGGAUCAACAGCAAAAACAGCUUGAGCUGGUACUUGCAAUUGGAAAGCUUGCGAAACUAUGGGAAAGCAAGCAAGAAGCAAGUGGCAAGCAAGAAGCAAGCAAUUUGACUGAGGAGGCAGGACAACUGGAAAUCCAUGAAAGUCAAGCUUCAUAUAUGAACUGGGAAACCAUCAAUGACAGAGCAUAGUAUUGUGGAGCAGCAGAUCCUGAUUGGAUGCUUGUCUAGGUGUGUUGAUUUUUUUUGUUAAAAAAGAAGUUAGACUCUUCCAGAACUGAUGCUGCCAGAAACUUUUUGUCUUUUUGUAUCAGUUUCAAAGGAGAUGACCGAGAAGCAAUAUUUUUUGCUUCUCUGUUUGUAUGUUGCUAUUCUAGAACCAGAAUAACCAUUACUCCCGCAUUUAUGUUUCUUCUGUUUUCCUUUCUUGCUUCUCGGUCAGUUUUGAAUGAAAAUUUAAUUGUAAU